UCAUGAGCAGACCUUACUCACCUACUAGAAGCAGAGCAGAAAAGAUUGUUGGACAAUUAAGUGAAAUAACUUUGGGACGUAAAGAUUAAGUAUAUAAUGUUUGUUCAAUUAAAGACUUCAAGAAUAAAGGAAGCAGAAGAGAGAGUCGAAAUUAUGGAGACAGCUAUAAAGGAUCUAAGGGAGACUUUAGAAGGAAAGAUCUCUAAAAUAAAAGAGGGAUUAGAGUAUGUAUAAUAGGUUCUGGAAGAAUAAGAACCAAAGCAAGAGGAUGAAUAAUAAAUGAUAGAGGAUAUGAAGAAGGCUGAGGAGAGUGUAAAUGAGAAGUUGGAGGAGUUAAGCAAGUAGAGAGAAGAAAGUUAAUAGAAGUUCAAUGAAUAGGUUGAAAAAGAUAUCCAAGAAUUGAAAGAGUAGAUCAGUUAAGAGAAGAGUGAGAGAAAUCAAUCUAUUAAGGAGAUAAAUGAAUGUUUAGAGGUAGAAUACUGAAUAAGUAUUAAAGAGUGAUUUGCCACAAUUGCAAGAGAUGUUACAACAGAAUAUAAAGGAAAGAGACGAGAUGGAUAAAAAUAUAAAUACAAGAUUGACUGAAGAAUUAUAGAGAUUAUCUUAGAUUAUUUAAUAAGAGAAAGUGAGUAGAUAAUAAGGAGAAUAGAGUUUAUUUGAAAUGUUGAAGGAUGUGGUGAAUCGAAUUAAGAAAGAGAUAGAUGAAGAGAAAGUAUAGAGAGAGGUCACUGAGAAUGAUGUCCUUAGUGUUUUAGAGGAGACAUUGAAUAAAAUUUUAGCAGCUCAAGAUCAUUGAU